ACUAAAAACUAUCAUUGGCACCUUGUCCUCUCUCGCUCCCUCUCUCUCUCUCUCUCUCUAAGAAAAGAAACCUCAAAAAGAUAACUUUUUAGAAAGAGAAUUGAAUGACAGCUUCACACUCGUUGCUUCAUCGCUGCUUGUAUUUUCCCCUCUCUGUUGAAUAAACAAACCCAUAUGUUAUGUAUAUCAAUUGAGUUAAUAUUGAUAUUGUUGUUGUUAUGAUGAUGAUGGAGCCAUCAAAGUCAUCACUACGCUUCAUAGCCCACCAGGCAUUCUUCUCAGCCGUCCGAUCGGGCGACCUUGAUUCUUUGAGACAGAUAGUGGGGGAUCAGCCAUCCGAUGUUUCCGAUCUAAUGUCCUUGCAGACUGAUGCAGGAGAGACUGCUUUGUAUAUAGCCGCUGAUAAUAAUUUGGAAGAGAUUUUUAGUUAUUUGAUAAAGCGGUGUGAUCUUGAAACUGUUAAGAUCAGGUCGAAGUCUGACUUGGAUGCUUUCCAUCUUGCUGCUAAGAAGGGUCACUUGGGCAUUGUGAAGGAACUUUUGGCCAUGUGGCCUGAGCUUUGCAAGUUAUGCGACUCCUCCAAUACUAGCCCCCUUUAUUCAGCUGCUGUUAAAAAUCACUUGGAUGUGGUGAAUGCCAUAUUGGAUGCUGAUGUCAGUUCAAUGAGGAUAGUGCGUAAAAAUGGGAAAACUGCUUUGCACACGGCUGCGAGGUAUGGUCUUCUUGAUAUAGUGAAAGUUCUUAUAGCCCGUGAUUCUGGAAUUGUCUGCAUCAAAGAUAAGAAAGGCCAAACUGCACUUCACAUGGCUGUAAAGGGUCAGAGUACUUCUGUCGUUGAGGAGAUAUUACUUGCUGAUCACUCAAUACUAAAUGAGCGUGACAAGAAGGGUAACACGGCAGUGCAUAUAGCCACAAGGAAAUCUCGUCCCCAGAUAAUAUUCCUUUUGCUGAGCUAUACAUCUAUUAAUGUCAACAUCAUCAAUAAUGAGCGUGAAACUGCGAUGGAUUUGGCUGAUAAACUCCAAUAUGGAGAAUCUGCUUUGGAAAUCAAGGAAGCUCUCAUAGAGGCUGGUGCCAAGCAUGCUAGGCAUGUUGGUCAAAUGGAUGAAGCAAUGGAACUUAAGAGGACAGUUAGUGAUAUCAAGCAUGAGGUGCAUUCACAACUUAUACAAAAUGAAAAAACCAACCGAAGAGUUUCUGGCAUUGCAAAGGAACUAAGGAAACUCCAUAGAGAAGCUGUCCAGAAUACAACCAACUCUGUCACUGUUGUUGCUGUUCUUUUUGCCUCGAUUGCUUUCUUGGCUAUCUUCAACUUGCCUGGGCAAUAUAUACAGGAUGGAGCUGAAACAGGGAAAGCUAAUAUAGCUGACAGUGUUGGUUUCCAAGUUUUCUGCCUCUUAAAUGCAACAUCUCUCUUUAUAUCUUUAGCUGUUGUCGUGGUUCAGAUCACUUUGGUGGCCUGGGACACCCAGGCUCAGAAACAGGUAGUCUCUGUAGUUAACAAGCUGAUGUGGGCUGCAUGUGCUUGCACUUGUGGUGCAUUUCUAUCUAUAGCAUUUGUGGUUGUGGGAAAGAAAAGUUCGUGGAUGGCUAUAACCAUAACCUUAACAGGAGCACCGAUUCUUGUCGGGACACUCGCAAGCAUGUGCUACUUUGUUUUCCGACAGCAUUUUGGAUUUUUCCGGGACUCCCAGAGGCGCAUAAAAAGGGCAAGUGGAAGCAAGUCGUUUUCCUGGUCAGUGCACUCAACAAAUAUAUCAGAUCCUGAUGAGUACAACUCUGAUCUGGAGAAGAUCUAUGCUUUAUAAAUUGUGUAUUGAAAAAUACGCAUGUAAAAAGGGAUGCUUUAACUACAUGUUGUCUCUUUGGUGUCGUCUGCACUAGUGUUUUUUAUCCCUCUUUUCCCAGCCAAUAUGCAGAGUAACAGUACUUGAUGGUUGGUUAUAGGAUUUGGAUUUUAAGGGUUCGCAAGGAAGUUUUGACUGGUCUUCCCCAGUUUUGUAAUAUGAAAGUAGAUUUUUGUAAAUUCAGGUGAAUUAUGAUAGUCCAUUGCAGUUGCCUUCA